ACAAACAAGUGGACUUCCGGGAGCUGGCCCUGCUCGUCCCCUGGGCCCUCCUUCCCUGGUCCUGCAGGUCUUGCUGCUUGUCAGGCCUCUCCUCCAACCCUCUGCCACAUUUCAGAAAAGCUGAGAACCCCUUGGAGUGAAAAAGCAGGAGAAACACAGUGUUCAUAGCCAGCAGGAGGUUAAAUAAAUACUUUCACUUCUCUUUUCCCCAUCUGGGCGGAGCCCUUUCUGAGUCAGUCUGUUAGCCGACUUCCUGCUUGGGGCCUGGGCAGCCACACUGCACACAGGCUGGGCCCACGGAGGGGCUCAGAGGCCAGGCUCUGAGGCCCAGGCAGGGCCUAGGGUGAGAAGAUGGCAGAUGGUGGCGGCGACCUGAGCACCAGGAGUCUGAAUGAAUGUAUUUCACCAAUAGCGAAUGUGACGAACCAUUUUCCUACACACAGCCACGGUUUGCAAAGGAUGUUCACAGAAGACCAGGAUGUAGAUGAGAGACUUCUCUGUGACGCUGUAUUCAAGCACUUCAAAAGACAUAAGGUGGAGAUUUCAAAUGCAAUAAAAAAGACAUUUCCAUUCCUUGAGGGCCUCCGUGACCGUGAACUCAUCACAAAUAAAAUGUUUGAAGAUUCUCAAGAUUCUUGUAGAAACCUGGUCCCUGUACAGAGAGUAGUGUACAAUGUUCUCAGUGAACUGGAGAAGAUGUUUAGCCUGCCAGUUCUGGAAGCACUGUUCAGCGAGGUCAACCUGCAGGAAUACCCCGAUUUAAUUCACAUUUAUGAAAGCUUCAAAAAUGUAAUCCAAGACAAAUUGCCUCUCCGAGAAAGUGAUGGAGAAGAGAGGGAGGAGAGGCCUGGCAUCCAACUAAGUCUUGAACAAGGAACUGGUGAAAACUCUUUUCAAAGCCUGACUUGGCCCCGUUGGGAUUCCCCAUCUCAUGAUGGUACAACCCCACCUGAAAAUGGACUCUCAGAGCACCCCUGUGAAACAGAAGAGAUAAAUGCAGACAGAAAAGAUACAGCCAGUGACAAAAAUGGUUCGCUAGGAAGCCAACAAACAAAUGAGCAAAGUGCCCAAAAGACUGAGCCAACAGAAUCCUGUGAACAAGUCGCUGUCCAAGUGAGUAAUGGGGAUGCUGGAAGGGAGACGCCCUGCCCAUUGCCCUGUGAUGAAGAAGGGGCGGAGCCACACAACCAUGGAAUCCAAAUUAAUUCCUGUUCUGUGCGACUGGUGGAUAUAAAAAAGGAAAAACCAUAUUGUACUUCAAAUGCUGAAUGCCAAGCCCAGGCAUCUGACAUAAUAGUCAUCAGCAGUGAGGACUCUGAAGGAUCCACCGAUGUUGAUGAGCCCCUAGAAGUCUUCAUCUCACCAGUGAGAAGUAAGCCUGUGAUCAAUAAUGACAACUCUUUAGAAUCAAAUGAGGAAAAGGAGGGCCAAGAAGCCACUUGCUCACGACCCCAGACUGUACCAGAGCCCAUGGAUUCCAGAAAAUCAUCUAUAUUCAGAGAAAAGUUUAGGAAAAGAGAAUAUUCUUCUGGCUUGGUUCCCUUAUCAUACAUUGAGACUUCCAAAGGACAUUUGCUCCUUUCUGCAGUGAUAGGACAAGACUGCAACUUUUCAGACUCCAGUGAGGAGGAGGCGCUCCCAGAAGUCUUAAGCAGGGCACUGAGAAGCAAGCAUGGUGAGAAGGAUCCUGUGACUUCUAGAAGUACAUCUACUUGGGGAAUACCCAACAGGAAGAGACGUCUCAGCAGCAGUGACUUUUCAGAGCUGAGUAAUGGAGAAGAGCUUCAGGAAACCUGCAGCUCAUCCCUAAGACGUGGGUCAGGAUCAGAGCUACAAGGACCUGAAAAUGAGAAGUGUCCCUGUGUCAUGUGUUUUCCAAAAGGUGUGCCAAGAAGCCAAGAAGCAAGGACUGAAAAUAGUCAAGCAUCUGAUAUGAUGGAUACCAUGGAUGUUGAAAACAAUUCUACUUUGGAAAAACACAGUGGGAAAAGAAGAAAAAAGAGAAAACAUAUACUUAAAGUAAAUGGUCUCCAAAGAGGGAGAAAGAAACACAGACAUAGAAAACACUUAACUCGGAAUAACAAAGUCCCAAAGGAAAGACGGCAACCAAGAGGAAGAAAAACCAACAAGAGACCUUUGAAAAGAAGAAGAAAAAGAGGUCCAAGAAUUCCCAGAGAUAAAAAUAUUAAUUUUAAACAACCUGCACUUCCUGUGACGUGUGGUGACGUGAAGGGCACUCUAUAUAAGGAGCGAUUCAAACAAGGAAUCUCAAAGAAGUGUAUACGGAGUGAGGAUAGAAGGUGGUUCACUCCCAGGGAAUUCGAAAUUGAAGGAGGCCGCGAAGCAUCCAAAAACUGGAAGCUAAGUAUACGCUGCGGUGGAUACACCCUGAAGUUCCUGAUGGAGAAAGAAUUUCUGCCAGAACCAUCAAGCACAAGAAAAAAGAGAAUACUGGAGUCUCACAACAAUACCUUAGUUGACCCUUGUCCGGAAAACUCAAACAUAUGUGGAGUGUGCAACAAAUGGGGACAGCUGUUCUGCUGCGACACUUGUCCAAGAUCCUUUCAUGAGCACUGCCACAUCCCGCCCGUGGAAGCUGACAAGAACCCGUGGAGUUGCAUCUUCUGCAGGAUAAAGACUAUUCAGGAAAGAUGCCCAGAAAGCCAACCAUGGCAUCAGGAAUCUGAAGUCCUGAUGAGGCAGAUGCUGCCCGAGGAGCAGUUGAAAUGUGAAUUCCUCCUCUUGAAGGUCUACUCUGAUCCAAAAAGCCCCUUUUUUGCCUCAGAACCAUAUUAUAACAAAGAGAGGUCUCAGGGCCCACAGAAGCCCAUGUGGUUAAACAAAGUCAAGAGAAACCUGAAUGAGCAGGCAUACUCCCGAGUAGAAGGGUUUGUGCAGGACAUGCGUCUCAUCUUUCAUAACCACAAGGAAUUUUACAGGGAAGAUAAAUUCAUUACACUGGGAAUUCAAGUAGAGGACAACUUUGAGAAGAAUUUCAGAAACAUUUUUGCAAUUCAGGAAACAAGCAAGAACAUUAUAAUGUUCAUUUAGCCCAUUCUUAUUUCUUCCCUUCAGAUCCUCUGGCAGCUAGGUACACAGUGUGCAUGUGGUCCCACUAAUCUCUGACUGCUCCUGUGGAAACUCCACAUUACAAUUCUCCAAAAUUUUUCAUUAACAUUUUAAAACUGUCUUUAUCAGCUUUCAAUAAAAUUCAACACUCCUUCAUGUUAAAAAUUCUCAAUAAGCUAGGUAUUGAAGGAACAUAUCCCAAAAUAAUAAGAGCCAUUUACAACAAAUCCACAGCCAACGUUAUACUAAAUGUGCAAAAGAUAGAAGCAUUCCCCUUGAAAACAAGCACAAGACAAGGAUUCCCUCUCUCACCACUCCUAUU